AUGUCUGAGCUUGGGCCCCAGCACUGGCCUGUCCAGCUUUCAUGGCCAGGCAGGUCUGCAGGAAGUGGACCCCUCACCCAUGAAUAUCACUUGACAGCCCCCCUCCCCUAUCCAAAAGAAAGAUUUCAUCAUACAACCUCGGUCUUGUGCUGUUGCGGUAAAACACAGAGCGGUGAGAAAUACGAAGAUCCUUUCAAACUUGGCUGGAGAGACCUGAAAGGCCUGUAUGAAGACAUCAGAAAGGAACUGUUCGUCUCUACUACAGAACUAAAGGAGAUGUCGGAAUGGUACUUUGAUGGAAAAGGGAAAGCUUUCCGACCUAUUGUUGUGGUGCUAAUGGCUCGAGCGUGCAAUAUUCAUCAUAACAACUCCCGAGAUGUGCAAGCCAGCCAGCGCACCAUAGCCUUAAUUGCAGAAAUGAUCCACACUGCUAGUCUGGUUCAUGAUGACGUUAUUGACGAUGCAAGUUCUCGGAGAGGAAAGCACACGGUUAAUAGGAUCUGGGGUGAAAAGAAGGCUGUUCUAGCUGGAGACUUAAUUCUAUCUGCAGCGUCAGUAGCUUUGGCACGAAUUGGCAACACGACUGUUAUAUCUAUUUUAACCCAAGUGAUAGAAGAUUUGGUGCGUGGUGAAUUUCUUCAGCUAGGAUCAAAAGAAAAUGAAAACGAAAGAUUUGCACACUAUUUAGAAAAGACCUUCAAGAAGACUGCAAGUCUCUUAGCCAACAGUUGUAAAGCAGUCUCUGUCCUUGGAUGCCCAGACCCUGCAGUGCAUGAGAUUGCCUAUCAGUACGGCAAGAAUGUGGGAAUCUCUUUUCAGCUAAUAGAUGACGUAUUGGACUUUACCUCAUGUUCUGACCACAUGGGCAAACCCACAUCAAACGAUCUGAAACUCGGAUUGGCCACUGGCCCUGUCUUAUUUGCUAGUCAGCAGUUCCCAGAAAUGAAUGCAAUGAUAAUGAGACGUUUCAACCUACCAGGAGAUGUGGACAGAGCUCGACAAUAUGUAUUACAGAGUGACGGUGUGCAACAAACAACCUACCUCGCCCAGCAGUACUGUCAUGAAGCAAUAAAAGAAAUCAGUAAACUUCGACCAUCCCCAGAAAGAGAUGCCCUCAUAAACCUCUCAGAAAUUUUGCUCAGAAGAGAUAAAUGACAACUCUUUGAUACUUCUGGCAGCUAUUUUACCAGACUGUGCCUAAAGAACUUUCUGGAAUAUACUUUGCUUCAUGUGCAGAUAACCAAAAAGCAUUUCAACCUUAUGAAUGGGCAGUUUUUUUUAUUGCAAAUUUUUCAGAAAAAUUUUAAAUGUCAUUAAACCACCUGAUUCUGUCUAGUCCUAUAAAUUCUAAUCAAAGUUAUCCUGUGAAUUUUAGGUGGUAUUGUUUACACUGUUAAAUCCACAUGUAAAGCCAUUUCACAAAUAAAUAAUAAUAAAAAUAA